AUGAAUUUUGUAUCUGUAUUCUUGAUUGCUCUUCUCGCUAUCGGAGUAUUAGCCACUGAAUUGGAAACGAAGCAAACGAUGGAUGGAGGAGCUGGAAUCGAGACUCAUACCAAGGUGGAUUCUGGAGAUCAUCAGAUGAAUACACAAACUGAAUUGCACAACCGUCAACGCCGCUGGGGAUAUUACGGAGGAUAUGGUGGAUACGGAAUGGGAUAUGGACGCCCAUGGGGAAUGGGUUACGGUAUGAGAGGAUACGGUAUGGGAUACGGAAUGGGAUACCCAAUGUGGGGUUAA